AUUUCUUCUCUCUUUCUCUCUCCUUCAAAAAAAAUGCUCCCAAAAGCAAAACGCAUCCUGGCUGAAAUUCUCUGCUUCUUCUUCGUCACUGCCCUUCACUGAUUCCUCUUUCAUUUCGUUUUUUUCUCUUCCAAAAUCUUAGGUUUUGAUCUGUCACUUUGAUCUUUGACUUCCAAUUUGUUUGGUUCAAACGUUGUUGCGGUCAACUCUGGUAAAAGUAAUUGUUUUUGUGCUGUUCAGGUUUUUGGGUUUGUCUUAUCUGAUAAUCUGGAGUGGAGCUAAGUCAAGAUGCCGUGGGUUUCCUUGUUUGUGGAUCACAAAAGAAAUUGUGUUCGCUUGGUGGUAUUUUUUCGUGUGAUUCUGUAAAUUAUUUUGCUCAGUGUAGUCCCAUUAGGUUGCAAAGGAACUCUUUUUUAGUUUUUCUCCAUUUCAUUUCCAAAGCUGUUGGGGGAUUUGAGGAUGUACUUUGCCAUAACAAUAAAGAGAUACCGAGCUGUGAAGGAAGUUGGACAAAUUAAAAUGAGUGUUGGAGUCAUUGCGUACAACCAAUUGAUGCUUGUUUGCCAGGCUGAGUAUUUUCGUCAGUUGCUAAAACCUGUUACGUAGUCUAGCUUUGAGGGACAUUGGUUUGGGGGUGGGGAUUGCCUUGUAUUGUACUUCAUCAUUAAAAAGCUCCAGAGAGAUGAAGUUUUAGUUUGGAAAAGUUGCCAUUUGAUGUUAGAUGGAAAUUGGAAUCACCUUAGCACCUGCUGUUUAGUUUUAACAUUCCUUUAGGAACUUCCUUCCAGCUUUAGUACAUAAUAAUUGCCAGUUGCAUAGGCUAAAUCAGCAUUGCUUGUUGAAAUUCAGUCAGAUUGAACAGAUAAUAUAAUGCAGACUCAGGAAUAUUUUCUCCCGGAGAAGAUGGUACUUCCUUUGGCAGAUGACUCCAUUGAUGCUAAUGCUCAUAUGCAUGCUCCACUUGCUUCUGCCUUUGAUGCUUUUUUACCUCCAGCUGUGGGGCAGAUAACACCCUUUGAAAGAUUUAAAUUGCAACCCUCUGAGGCAUGCCCCAAGAAUUUUGUUAUCUUUGAUCAAACAGAUCAGCGAAGUAGGAUUAUGUUCAAUCCUGCAAUGACCUACAAAUUUAAUAGUCCUGGCUUAAAUGUUCAUGCUAAUUUUUCUCAAGAUUUUGAGAAGAAUAAAGUCAAUCAAAUGGAAAGAGAAUUGUCAUCUCCUUUUGAAGAAGAUCCUAAUGACAUUGAUGCAUUGUUGAGCAUAGGAGCUGAUGAACUAGAAGACUUUGAUGAGGAAGAAAUAAGCACAGCAAGGACUCAUGAAAAUUAUGAAAAUUUAUCUGAUACUUGCUCCAGUUAUUGCUCAAAAUCAAGGAAGAGGCUGUCAUCAUCUUCUGUACACAAGUCUUCUGAGGCUAAUGAUGGGAAUAACAGGGAGAUAAAGAGGAUGGUGAGGAUGUUGAGAAAGAUCGUGCCUGGUGGAGGUAAUCAAAUGGAUUCUGUUACUGUUUUAGAUGAAGCUGUCAAGUACCUAAAGUCUCUCAAAGUUGAGGUGGAACAAUUUGGAGUUGAACCAUGAAGAUGUGAGAUGCUGCUGCAACAAUUGACUAUUUCUCCAACCUUGUUUGUUACUACCCUCUCGCACCAUCCAAGUUAUGACAACAGGUCUGGCAAUCUGAGUAAUAAAUUAUGACUGACAUUUUACUGAUUUAGGUCAUGUAAGAAAAUACUAUAAAUAACUGUACUUUUAGUUUGAGCUUUA